AUGACGGGGACUUCACAAGAUCCUGGCUCCAAAAGUCUUUCAGAAGACAUCGGCUCCACUAAUAAUGGCCACAAUGCCCCGAAUCUCGAACAUGUCACCCCCUCAGCCAGUGAAGCAGAGUCACCAACGAAAACACCCACACGUCGAGUAGGGCUCCAAAGUCCCGCUAAACGAGCUCCCUCAGAGCUCGAUCUUCUGGCCCGUAAAAAAGCGGCUUCUACAUACUCCAGGUUAAUGAACGAAGAAGCUGACGACGAAGACAAUAUUCUCCGACAACAAGAGCUCAAUCUAGCAGAACAGAUUAUCCAGGAUUCGAAACAGGCGGAGCUGCCCCCUAAGAGGAGAAGGGGAAGACCAAGAAAGGAAGAAGCAGCGAAAAGACCGAAAGUUCAGGUGGAAUUGACUCCAAGAAGAAGAGAACGAAGAGCCGCUGUAGAGAAAAGAGAGGCAGAGAAGGAAGCAGAAAGGAAGCGUUUGGAAGAGGAAAAGAUCAGGAAGGAAGAAAGAAGAAAAGAAUUGGAAGAGAGAAGGAAGCAGAGGAAGCUUCGCCAAGCGCUACUGUUGGCGGCGAAGAAGGAGAACGACGAAAGUACCCUGGAGAGUGACGACAGUGAAGAAGAAGAUGGAGACAGUACUGAUGAAGAAGGAUUCUCCGAGUCAGAGGAUGACAAACCCAAACGCCUGAAAAGGAAGGUGAGCACUCCACGCAAACCAAGGGCUCCAGCACGCUCUGAGCUGCCCACCCCCAGUAAAGCUGCCAAGCUUGAAAGGAGAACCAAGAAGGGCAGACCUAGUAAGCAAGAGAUGGUCACAGGCACUGUAAACAGUAUAUUCCAUAUGGAUGACCUUGAGUUUUUUCAGGACAGGUCCAACUCUGCCAAGGGCACCCCAGUGGAAGAGCCGAAAGCAAAACCUUCAAUUUCUCUAAAUUUUGAUAACACUGGUGACAGUUCGUUUUCUUAUAUCCCUCAGAUCAGUGGUCUCUCUAAGAAACCGCAGCCAAAUGCCGAGGUGACGCCAAUCCAGCAGUUUGAGCCUCUCCCGGUGCCCGAGCUAAAUCGGGACGGCACUAUCAAAGACAAGAGCUACAUCGAAAAGUACUUCCCCAAUGCAGAUAUUGAUUUGAAUUUCCCCGGUCGUCUAGUGGAUGAAAGAGCAUACUUCUUGGAGGGCAGUGAAGGGUACUUUGAGCAACACAAUCUUCGAUUCCGUCCUUCGUCUAGUGCAUUGAGCUCCCGAGCUCCAGAAUUGGAGUACGAUGAGUUCUUGCCUAUGGUCAAAUUGGGCAGCCUCAUCCACAAGAAUGAGCUUGAAGCGCUUCGAUCACUACAUAAGAACUUGUACCACCAAUACUGCUUCGAGUUAAGCCAGGGGUACAAUUUAAACUUCUACGGCAUUGGGUCUAAGUCAGAGUUUGUUCUUGAUUUCGUCAACAACUACUUGCUCGACUGGUACGAGCAAGUGCUUCAAGAAGACGACGAGUAUCCUGUUGUCAUGGUUGCAAAUGGGUAUAAUCCAGCCACCAAGCUCAAGCCGGUGAUCUACGACAUAGCCUCAGCAAUCAUCACUCCAGAAGUCAGAAAACAAAAAAACAUCAAGAUGCCUAAGCACAUGAGCGAGGCGUUCCCCUUCUUGGUUACCUAUAUGAAGAAGCAAGUUGUUCGUCACCAAGAAAAUGGACUCGUGAAACCGAGACUCAUUCUUGUGGUGCACAACAUUGACGGCGAAGCGUUCAGAGAUGAACGAUCUCAAAACAUUCUCUCUCAACUUGCAUCGCUUCCAGACGUAUGGCUCAUCACAUCUGUCGACAAUGUCAAUGCCAGUCUUUUGUGGGACCUAUACCGAUUCAAGAAUUUCAACUUUCUCUGGCACGAGGCUACCACAUACACCCCGUACAGUGUUGAGCUUUCCUUUAAAGAUGUGCUUGGAUUGGGCCGGUCCAAGAAGUUCGUAGGUAGUAAGGGUGCUAAGUAUGUGUUGACGUCGUUGAGCUCCAAUGCUCAAAAUCUCUACCGUGUGUUGCUGGAGAUGCAAUUGAAAGUGUUGGAAGACGCCGCAGCGUCGAAAUCAGGUCGUACGGGUCUUCGUGGUCUGAUCAAGCUAGGCGUGGAGUUCAAGAAGCUCUACGAGCAGUGUUUGAUGGAGUACGUCACCUCCAACGAGAUGAACUUCCGCAGUAUAUUGGGAGAAUACGUUGAGCACAAGAUGUGUUCACUCACAAAAAACGCUUCAGGAAAGGAGAUCGUAUUUAUUCCCUAUGCUUACGACGAGAUAGCGCUUAUCUUGCGGGAUCACUUCCAGAAGUAG